AUGUGUAUAGCUCGGGUAAACCUCACCUUCAUCAACUGUCAUGUUGAUGAGGGCUUCGCAGCUUGAAACUGUCGCUCAAGCGCUCCACUUUUCUAAGCCCAUACUUGAUGUCAAAGUACCUUUAUUACCCAACUGCAAGAUGAUGACGGUUUAUCCUGCUGCCCAAAUUUGAUUCUGGACUAUCGUAGUAUCAUUGAAGCUGUCUUUACUCACUGCUCACAACUCACCCGGAAGCUUUUUCUCAGCGAGGAUGCACUAGACAGCAUACUUUCAACCGAAUUCUCUUCUUGCCGACACACCCGCCUUAGUAUAUAUAUGUGUGCAUGGCACUGAGCACACCUCGUCAUCGUGCGGCAUAAUAAGACGCGGACGGGCUUGGCGCCCACGCUGGGCUAUGGAGAACGCGGUGCCGAGACACGCGCCUGUAUCAGGCGCCACACUCUAUGCGCGGGAGAUCGGACGGCGGAGGGAACUUCGUUCGAGGGGCGUUGUGUCCACUGGGUGUUCUGAGAUCGAUGAUACGUUGCUCCUUGGAGGUGGGUUUGAGCGUGGAUGUGUUGUUGGCGUCAGUGCUGAGGAGGUGGACUUUGGUGUCCUGUUAGGCCUUCAAACCAUAGCCAGGGCGCUGGUCUUCGAGGGCCGUGACGCAAGUGUGCCACUGCCUUGUGAUGAGAGAAACCAGAGAGCAACUAUCAUCACAACGCUUCCGGCGACGACUAUUCUACCAACUUUGCGAGACAUUGUUCGGUAUCAGGUACAAGUUAAACUCGGUCCUAGACAUACUGGUAUCGACGCCGAACUACGGAGGUGUCUAGAAGCUAUAUCCAUCUCGCGCAUCUUUGACAUUGAGGGAUUGUGGGAGGUACUUCGGGAACUUGAUGUUACCCAGGACAAGACGAGAUCUCCUUGCAAUGAAGCUGGUAACGAAGAAGCGAUGAGCCCUCAUGUUUCCGACGGGAAUAGGGAAGAAAAGGGAGUCUCUGAACUCGAAAGCCCUGCAGCAAGCUCUAUAAGUGAAAAUAUUGAAGAGGGAGAUUCUGCAGACAAAGGUCUAGAGCAAGCAGAUGCGGAUUGCAACACUGUUAUCCCAACAGAACCUUUGCAAGAACCUCAGACAUAUUCACCACCAGAACGCAUAACAGAACUACCACCCUUACGCAUUGGACCCGAGCUUCGACCACCAGUUCGGAAGACCGAAAUCCUCGAUAGUGAGGAUGAGGAACCAUUAUCAUCAUCACCAUUAUCCUCUCCUCCAUCUACAGCUGCUCCAGAAUCUCCAUCACAGUCCGAAGAGCAGCAGCCCCAGCCCCCCGUCGACACAGAGCCUCCAUCAAAUGCAUCGUCCCCAGACCCAGAGCGCGAAGAAAUACGGCAGACUCCUGAGUUCUCUAAACCCAUACCGACCGAGCCUUCACCACAUCCCAUACCAGACCUCAUCCUCAUAACACAUUUCUCCGCCCUUCUGACAACCCUCUUCACACAAAGCGACAAACCAUCCGCACACACGAACCUGCACCUCCUCUCCUCGCACCUCCGCCACCUGGCGCGCGAAGCAGGAAGUCUGAUAAUGCUCCUCAACACAACGACCUCGCCUCCCGCCGCUAAAUCUACUACUACAUCUACCACCACUACUACUACUACUCCAGACAUGAAUAACAACCCCAUACCACCACCGACACACACAAGACCCCUCGACCCCACCCUCCGCUCCAUCUUCAACCCGCCGCACGUCCAAAGCGGAGGACCAUCAUCGUACAGCGCCGCGCGCCGCAAUAAACCCGCCUUCGGCGCCACGUUCGCGCAGUUCCUGGAUGCGCAUCUCUUGUGCGCGAGGAUCCCGCGCUCGCGCGACGAUGCGGAGAUGGUUGUUGCGUUGGGCGAGGGUGGGGAGGGUGCUUGGGUUGUGGAGAUGCUUUUGGAUGAGGGUUUGUUUUGGGACUGGGGGGGAGAGGGAGAGGGAGAGGGAGUGCCGAGGCGGGUUAAUCGCGAGCAGAGGUGGGCUGCUGUUGAUGUCAGGGGUCGAGUCGUUGUUGUUAAUGCGUUUGCGAGCGCGAGUGUGCGAGGAGCUGGUGGUGUGGAUAGAGGGCCGGUGCGGCUUGCUGCUGGGGCCGAGGGUUUGAGGUUGGGGAGGAUUACAUGAUGGUAUCUUAGGAGUUAGGGAGGGAGAGAAGAGAAUCUAUGUGUAUUCCCUGCUCG